AUGAUUUCCACCAACUCAACGUCGCUGCGACCCGGUCACCACCGCCGUCAGCUCUCGACUCCAGCACCCUUCGACGCUGCAAUCCCACCGCAAGCCAUGUCUGCAAUGCCUACCCGCCGAACACAUCGCCGGGGACAGACAAUGGAUUACGGCUCGUAUGGUCAACCACAGAUUCCCGCCGUUGACCGACGACCUGCCUCCAAGACAGUGCCGGAGCUUCGAGACUACUUUAACGCAAAAUCAGCAGGUCUUCCCCAACAACAAGCAAGGAAUGCGCAACAGUUCCCUGCCUACAUUCAACGAUCAGAACAGUCCUUUAUGUCAAAUGGACUCCCUGUGCCGCAACAACAGUAUCAAUAUCAGUCCUCCGCCAUGUGGAGCCAGGAGGAAUUGCAUAGACUAUACUCGGCAUCCGCUGCGUCGACUUCCCCUGCAACAACAAUUGCCCCAGCUCUUUCAAGGUCCGCUAGUGAAAGCUCCGAUAAGAAUGCAUCUUUGCAGAGUGCCCUCCACCGUAUGCGCCAGGAGCGCAACUUUUCAAUGAUGCAGAGAGAGCAAGCCACCGGACACCCUCGACUGAUGCAACCACUCUCUGUUCAACCAGAGGGUAUCUCUCCCAAGAUGAACCCAUAUUUGUCUUACUCUUCCCCCCUUACCCCCGAGUCUACCCCGAUGAAGGGUUCCUUUGAUUUUACCAUGUACAGCAGUGACCAGACCCCCACCAAGUCCCAAAGCUUCUCCAUUCCCCGUACCCCAGUCAGUUCCGAAAUGCAAAGAGCUCAGUCUCUCCAAGGAGUCUCUUUGGCUAGUCCCGUGCAGCUCAAGCAUCAUAUCCCCUCGCCCGCGGAAUCGCCGUCUAUUGCUUUCGCCGAAUUGGCCGCAAUGCCCUCUCCAGGCUCCUGCGGUCUAUCUGAUGGCUCUGAAACCCCUUCGUUGGGUGGCCGUCACGAGCGUGCUGACUCGAUGGAGUCCUCGCUUAUGCGAUCUGGCUCCGAAAUGGAUGGCGAGCCCAUCGAUGAUUUUGACCUAGAUGCUCGUGUCAAGGCAUCCGUUCGAGAGACGGGUGUCUCCAAUGAUGAGAUCAACAAGUACAUCUCUGGCCCUGAUCCUAAGGACGGAAAGUGGGUGUGCUUGUGGCAUGAUUGCGAGAAUUGCCGCUUCGGUCGCAAGGAGAAUAUCAAGUCCCAUGUGCAGACCCAUCUCGAUGAUCGCCCCUACAAAUGCGAUGUUUGCGAUAAGAAGUUUGUUCGAGGCCACGAUCUCAAGCGCCACCUGAAGACCCACACUGGCAAGAAGCCGUUCGCUUGCCGCUGUGGUGCUAGUUUCGCUCGUCAAGAUGCCCUGACCCGUCACCGUCAGCGCGAUAUGUGCGUUGGUGGAUACAAUGGCCACACGCUGAAGACCACGCGACGUGGUCGUCCGCCUAAGAAGAACCGACCCGAUAUCGAAACCCGCAAAACCAAGUCCACCCGGACCCGUCAACGCGUUGCCGAAAAGACCGAGUCGUUCACACCAAUCAAGGCUGAGGGUGCUCUUCUCCAGGAAGGCCCUGUCUUCGCAUCGCCUAACUAUGCUCCAUCCAACAGCAUCUCAUCAUUCACCCCGCCUACCUCUCCCGGUGCUAGUCUGAACGACGUCCCGUCACCGCUGCCGGCUGGAAAUUCGUUCUCAUCUCAAUUCGACGAUGACCUGCUUCCGCCUCUGUCGCCUCCACAAAUGGCCCACGCUCGAUACGAGCAAGCCAUUGCUCAGUUCAACCCCAACGUGGUUGGAGGGUCCUCUCAAGAGUAUCUAUACAGUGACCCUGCCCUUUCUCCUCCUCACGACAUGUCUUCUCCGCACACCGCACCUACACUGGCCGAGUCCUCUGUGGGCUCGGAGAUUGAUUUCUUCAUGACUCAAGAUCCUUCGGAGCAAGUGCAGGAGGAGUUUGGCAACAUCACCACCCAGGCACUGUCUAGCUUCUCAAACACAUACUCUUAUGUCGAUUCGUCUGAUUUCCCCACCUCUUCAUUCUACACCGACAUGCCCGAGAAGAGUUUCCCUGGGCUCAACCCCCUGGAUGACCCUUAUUCGGACCAAAUCGACUCGCUCUCCAAUGAGUUCCUGGUUGAUCCUUGA